GGAUGUGGUAAAUCCAUGACUUACAUUUUGGUACCGUUGAUUGCUGACGAGCUAAUGGGAGGUGCGCCAAGACACACAGCCUUAGUAAUAUCUCCUUUGAAAGCGCUGAUGAGGGACCAGGUUGAAUUCCUGGAGCAGCACAACGUGAGUGCAGUUGCGUUGAUGGAUGACACUAAAAACCAAGACGUCAUGGACAAGCAUUAUAGUGUCAUUUAUGCAUCACCAGAGGCAGCAAUACACCAGAGAUGGAGAAAGGUCCUGAGGGAUAACCUAAAGCCAAAAGUCUGUGUGCUAGUGUUUGAUGAGGCACAUUGUAUUUCAUCAUGGGGACUGGACUUCAGACCAGCGUAUAGACAGGUUUGCAGUUUACAAAGCAUAAUAAACACCAGCACCCUUGUUCUAACUGCAACAGCAACAAGAAAGAUCCAGGAGGACAUUUAUGAGACUCUCGGAUUUCAAACAGAAUCAACAAAAGUAAUUGCAGUCCUGCCAGACAGGCCAAACAUUUUCUUAAAUGUUAAGAAUUCGUCGCAAAAGUAUGAGGAAGAACUGGCAUGGAUUGUGACACACAUCAAGAGUAAGGAAAGCCAGAAGAAAAUUCUUCUAUAUGUCAGGUCCAUCAAUGUUUGCUACAACAUUUAUUUGUGGUUGAUAUCUUCUAUUGAGGACAGAUUUUUUGUGCACAGUUCUCCAUCACUAGAAAAUAGAAGAGUUGAGAUGUUUCAUGCCAACACCGAUCCAAUUAGCAAAGAGAGAAUUUUGAAUGAAUUUACGAAGCCGUCGGGUAAUGUGCAGGUCCUGAUUUCAACGGUGGCAUUUGGUAUGGGCAUAAACAUUCCUGAUGUAGACAUUGUUGUGCAUUGGGGACUCCCAACUUCCUGUCUAAGUUACUGGCAGGAAGUUGGGCGUUGUGCAAGGGACGGGAGGGCUGGACAAGCCGUAUGUUAUGGUUUCAAGAGAAGUGUUUCCAAAUGUGAAGAGGAAAUGAAAGACCUAAUGAAACUUGAACUGUGUGUACGUGUGUCAAUGCUUAAGAAUUUCAAUCUGCUUGGAAUGCAGUCAAGGGAUUUAGAAAUUCUAAAGCAGAGCAUCAAUUGCCAGGGUGAUUGUGACAAAAUCUGCUCUUGCAAAAAAUGCAAAUGUUGCACUGUGUGUAGUAGCCAUUGCAGCUGCCCCCAACGCACCAAGGACCAUCUACAGUCAUUCCUGAUGUAG